AGUGGAUGGGAAGGAGAAGAAUUGAACAAAGAAAGGAAGAAUGCUAGUCUCUCUGAGCUCAGAUACUUGCCACAGCUUUCUACUUUAAAUUUAAGCAUUCAACAUGAAAAAAUUAUGCCAAAGCAAUUGUUUUCAAGAGAGUUGAAUUUAGAGAAGUUCAAGAUUAGUAUCGGCAGCAACUUAAGAGUAUUUCUGAGGAAUCGCUUCUUUAGAAUUCUGUGUCUCGAGAUGGUAUCAGGAAGUUGUUUGGAUGAUUGGAUAAAAACGCUGUUAAAGAGGUGUGGAGAACUGCGUUUAGUAGGACCAAGUGUUGCAAGAGUUCUCCAGUGUGAAUUAGAUGAAAAUGACCCUUCACAUUUGAAGAGUCUCCACCUUUAUAAUGAUUCAGAAUUUCAACAUUUUAUCCACCAACAUAACAAGCCUUUACGAAAAAUCUUAUCCAAUUUAGACUACUUGGGACUGUUCAAUUUAAAGAAUUUGGAGAGUAUAAUUCAUGGGCAUGUAAGAGAGCUUCCUUUGAAUAAGUUGACGAGGGUGUCUGUGAUGCACUGUGAUAAAUUGGGAACUCUCUUUUACAACUGCAUCUUGGAUGACAUUUUGAAUGUUGAAGAAAUUUUUAUUGUGGGGUGUGAGAUGUUGGAAGUGAUCACUGCGAUGGAAAGCAAUGAGAGAACUGCCACAGUUGAGUUUACACACUUAAAGUAUUUGUCUCUAGAAGGCGUACCACGGGUUCGAAGUUUUUGCUCCAAAAUCCAACAAAUUGGCCAAUCAAGUCUUGAUAGUUCAGAAAAAGUGGAAACUCUUAGCAUGACUAUGUAUUUUUUGUUCAUUCUUCAGUGAAGAGGUAUUGCUUCCUAAUUUGGAGGAAUUAAAAAUGAGAGGUGCAGAGAAUUUGGAGAUGAUAUGGCACAAUGUACCCAUUCCUAAUUCUUUUUCCAAACUCGAAACUGUACAAAUUGAGUCAUGUAACAAUUUAGAAAAAGUUUUUCCUUCAAAUAUAAUAACCAUACUUUCCUGCCUUAAAUUCUUAACCAUUAAAAAAUGUAAUUUAUUGAAAUGUAUAUUUGAAGUACAAGAGCCCAAUGAGAUAGAAAAAAGUAUUGCUUUGCUCUCAAAUUUGAGGCGCUUGGAACUAUUUAAUUUGCCAAACCUAGAGUAUGUAUGGAGAAAGAGUCCAUCUGAGCUUCUGAUUUUUGAAGACAUAAAAGUAUUGUCCAUUCAACAAUGUCCAAAGCUUAAAAGAGCAAUAUCCAAUCAAAGUUCUUAAGCAACAUGAAGACCUACAAAUAGAUCUCAGCCAAUUGAAAGAGACUCUUGAGAAGGAAAAGUCAGUGCAUAUGUUGGAUUCCCAGGUUGAGACUACACAAUUGCAAGAUGGUCUGAAGUUGUUUUCCAAGCUUAAAAGUCUGAAACUAUCUGGUUCUCUCAUCUACAACUCAUCGCAUUUGCCAAUAGAAAUUGUACGAAUAGUACACAAUCUUGAACGGUUUGAAUUAAGAAGGAUGCUUGUUAAAGAAAUAUUCCCAAAUGAGAAAUUGAUCAAUGUGGAAGAAUAUCGUAAUAUAAGAUUUSAGCCUUCGGAUUUGAGUCUAUUCGAAUUGCCCAAGCUUAAGCAUUUCUGGAAGGAUGACUACAAAAGCACCUCAUCACUUAAAAAUUUGGCUUCUCUAAUCAUAUCAGGAUGUGGCAUAUUGGAUAUGUUAGUGCCAUCAUCAGUGUCUUUUAGAAACUUGUCCAAGCUUGAGGUGGAUAAAUGUCAUAGACUGACUCAUUUGCUAAAUCCUUCGGUGGCCAGAACAUUGGUGCAGCUUAAACGGUUGGUCUUAAAAGAUUGCAAAAGGAUGACCACUGUAAUUGCAGAAGUUGUUGAAGAAGGAAAUGAAGAAAUUGUAUUUAGCAGAUUAAAGUAUUUAUUCCUCGAGGAUUUGUCCAAAUUAACAAGCUUUCAUUCGGGAAAAUGCAUCAUAAGAUUUCCAUACUUGGAUGAUGUAACUAUUUGGACUUGUCCUAAAAUGGAAGUUUUCUCUCUUGGAAUCAUAAGCACGACUAACUUACUAGUUAGAGAUCUUAGAAUACAUCAUGGAAUUAAAGGUUCACGAUAUGGGUAUGAAGAUUCAAAUUAUGGCUAUGAAGAUUCAAAAGUUGUUGAAGAUAUCAAUGGUAUUAUCCGACAAGCUUGGGAGGACAUUUAUGGCAUUAUCCAACAAGCUUGGGAGGACAAUUAUGACACUGGGAUUCAAUAUUUGUUUACAGAAAAGAAUUUGGAGGAGAACCAAUCUGAUCAUUCAUCUUCAUGUGUUGAGGAAUAAGCAUCAUGUUGAUCGUUCCUUAAGUUUAUGAUUUCAUCCAUAAUGAAGGAUAUCAGUCCUUAAUUUUGAAAAAUUGAUGAUUAAAAAAGCAUACUAUUUUGGAAGAUGAUACUCACCUCACAUUCAUUUGCCAAACUCAAAAAGGGAUAAUUGCAGAUCAACAGGCAAACAUUAGAGGAAAGUAUGAUGUGUGCUACUCCCUCCAUUGAGUUGCUUGGAAUUCUUAUAUAUGUCAAAGCUAAAGCAUGUGUGGAGUAAAGAUCCUCUCGAUCGAACUUCUGAUUUUCGAGAUGUAGAAGCCUCGGUGUAUUCGUCAGCGUCUAAAGCUUAAGCAACUCGAGAAUCCGAAAAUAAAUUGAAGGACUUUUUUUUUUUUUUUUAAGGAGAAGUCAGAAGAGCCUCCAAGAUCAAAAGUCAGAUGGAUCAUUAAUCAAUUUAAAAAUCCAUACACAAUGGAGGAGAUUGAGACACUGCCCCGAGGUCCCACACCCAAAAGGUGCCCCAUAUAGGUCUUUUCCGAAACCCCCCAGAUUCAUGGAUCAGGAUUGUUGUGGAAGAUAUAUCAACGUGUCAUUCUCUGACAAGCUGAUCAUUCAAUAUUUGUUUGCCGAACAGCCUGCAGUGGUAUAUGUAUAUGUCUGGGUGUGAAUUUAUUAAUGCAGAAUUUGGAGGAAGACCAACCUGAUCAUCCUUCACAUGUGAGGAAUCCAAAUCAGAUUCAUUGAGAAGUCUUCUGGAGGAGGCAAAAAUGGAAAUUGAAGAAAGUAUCAUUGGCUUUGCAAAGAGAGCCAGAGAGAAUGAAGAGAACUGACCGAUGGCGCAUGCAUGCGAGGGAACGAAUGCAGGUGGACAAAUUUCGACGGAUGGAUUGGCACACGCCUGCGACGGCAGGUGCGUACUGCAUGCCAUUCUUUGGUUAAACCUUGAAGUCACAGAUUCAAAUCUUAUCUACGGGUGGACAUUUUGCUCGAGGUUUUUAGUGGAGCAAAAGUUGAGAGAGGCAUUGAAAUAAUUAUCUUGGCGAAGAUGCUUCAAAUGAAGUUAAAGUUGAGAAGAAUAAAGUUUAAAAUAAGACAGAAGAUUAGAGAAGUCAUCAAUGAACAAUAAAUAUUUGGCUACAAUUUCUAAUGUCUGUGAUGGUAGAGGAGGAUGAACUUGGAUUUUGUAUCAACUUUGUGCGGUAAGUAGUAAAGUUGACUGUAACGUAACACUUGUUCUCAAUUAAGGAGAUUGGAGCCUUCGACUUCUAGCA